AUGUUGGAGUCGGCGUGUGUAUUCCACAUCGCUGAUUUAUCUCCCAACGAGUUUUUCAUGCAGCGUUAUGACGACAUCAUCAAGCGAGAACUAUCUCGGGCACUGCUGCGUACAUCCGCGUCUAACGAGGCCCAGCUCGAAUCGAAUGUCUACCUCCUCUCUGUUCAGGCCACGUUAAAUUCUGAGAGCGCUGGGUCAGUCAGACCAAAGCGAAGCUCCGCCGUCUCCUCCCCUCCUCGAGGGGUCGAUGUUCUGCUGAGCAUAUACGAUCCCCUAGAGCGUCAGUUCAUCGAGUCGGGCCAUUUGGUUCAACGGAUCCAUGCGAUGCAGUCUAACCUCUCCGGUGUACUUCGGCAUUCUGUGCAUGCCUACAAUAGCCUUUGCGCUCAGAAGAAGUGCGAAUCGGGAAAUUGCGUUACUCGAAUCAUGCUGGACAUUGAAGACGCGGAGGCAAAUGUGUUUGAAGUGCACGGUGUGAGCCGUGUCAGCCCGCCCUUUCGACUGGUUUCCACGUGUAGAUGUCCUCUCAACUUUGGCGGUCCUGCUUGUGGCCAGCCCCGCACCGUAUGCGGCACAGUCACCUGUAAGUCUCCGCGCAUCUGUGUACCUCCUUGGACGCCUGGGACGUCCCAUGCCUGCGUCUGUCCCCCACCCUGGAAGGGUGAAAACUGUGAGCUUCUCAGUCGUCCGGUGGCUGACCCAAAGGCCUGUUUUAGCGAUACCUGCUACCAACAGAGAGGCAAGUCCACUUUUGACCUAACUUUCAACUAA